AUGAGAGAAAGAGAAGAGGAUAUAAACAGAGAUAGAACUAUACAAAACAUCAUAUAUACAACAGUGUUUACAACAGCACAUUCAAACAACUCUCAAUUACAGUUCAUGUGCAUCUACUCCUCACCAGAUCUGUCAGAUAUGGAAUACCUUCAGAUUAAUUAUUUUAACAAAGUUAAACAUGCAGAGUUCAGCAGUACUGUGGGGAAAUUUGUGGGAUUUACCAAACAAGGAUGGAUUGAUGCAGAUUACUGGAACAAUAACACUGCCUUCAUCCAGCAGCUGAGGGGUGGAAUAGACAGAUACUGCAGACACAAUGCUCGUAUUUCCUUCUCAACCCUUCUUGACAAAACAGCAUCACCAAAGGUCCGUGUAAGGUCAAUCAAAAAGGGCAGUGGCACACAUCCUGCCGUGCUGAUGUGCAGUGCCUCCCGCUUCUACCCCAAAGCCAUCAAACUGACCUGGUUAAAGGAUAGUAAACCAGUGACCUCUGAUGUGACCUCCACUGAGGAGAUGGCUGAUGGUGAUUGGUACUAUCAGGUCCAUUCUCACCUGGAGCACAUUCCCAAAUCAGGAGAGAAGAUCUCCUGUAUGGUGGAGCAUGCCAGCUUUGCUAAACCCAUGACAUAUGACUUGGAACCCUCUGUGUCAGAAUCUGACACCAAUAAGAUUGCUAUUGGCGCCUCUGGACUUGUGCUGGGGGUCAUCCUAGCAGCUGCUGGACUAGUCUACUACAAGAAGAAGUCCACAGGGCGGAUCUUGGUGCCACAUUAA